AUAAUAUUUUUUUAAGCUAUAUAUUUAUUUAAUAAAAUGGAGAGAUGUCAUUCAUACUCUGGUGGAAGUUGGAGUUUACAAAACAAAGAAAAGUCUUUACAAGUUGCAACAGUAAAACCAGUAUCAAAGAGUGUUUCUGAGGAUAAUUUGCAUAGUGAUUUAGAUAAAAAAAUUGUACUGCAGCGUGUUUUUUCUAGACUGAAAAUCAAUGAUUUAUCUGUUUUAAAAAAAGACUCUUUAAUUGGUGAGCUAGAGAAAUGUUUAGAGGAAUUAGAAACAGAACAUAGUCAAACGCUUCAACUUGCUAACGUUUACGACAAAAUGGAAUCAGAAAGAGACCAGUUACUUAAUGAAUUAGAUAUGGCUUUCCAAGAUUUACAAGAAUAUAUGCAUAGACAGAAAUUAUGUGAAGAUAAUAUGAGAGCCAUAGAGGCAGACAGAGAUGAACUGGUUAAAGAAAAUGAGUAUCUAAAGGCUGUGCUUUCAAAUAGAGAAGAAAUUCAAGCUAAUAAACUCUAUGAUGAAAACAAAAAACUAAAUGAAGAGAUUACACAAUUAGUAAAGAGAGUUAAUGAGUUGACUGAAGAAAUGGAUAGCCUAUAUGAAGAGAGGCAGACACUUAUUUCAAGUUUACUCAGUCUUCAUUCAGAACAAGUUGAGAGUGUGAUUAGAAGUCGAACAAGUUCUUUUGGGUCAUCGCACAGUAAAGAUGGACAUAAUAAAAUUGAUUUUUUCGAUAAGUAUGAUGUUGAUUCCAUUAUGUCUAUCAAUGAAAUAGUUGAAGUAAAAAAGGUUCUUACUGAAGUUCUAGCUGAAAAUAAAGAAAUCAAAGCGUCUCUGCAUAAUUUGAAAAAUCAACUUGGUCAGUGUGAAAAAGAAAAGCAGGAUAUUGAAGCAGAAUACAGUAAAAUAAAAAACGAACAUGAUAUCAAGUGCAAAGAAUAUGAUAAAAGUAUUCAAGAAAAGAAUGAAAAAAAUUUAAGUCUAUCUAAAGUGAACAAAGAAAAGAGAACCCUUCAAAUGCAGGUUUCUGCUCUUCGCGAACGUAAUCGGUCAUCUGAAGCCAAAGUAUUAUCAUUGGAGGAUGAAAUAAAAAGGAUUAGUGAUCAGUUAAAAGAGUUAAAUAAUAAUUCUACUGAUUUACUCAAAAAAAAUUUUGACGAGCUACAAAUAAAAAAUCAAGAUAUCUCUAGCCAGUUGUUUACUGUCAUGGUUGAACGAGACAGUUUAUUAAAAACUAUCAAAAAAAUGGAAGAAGAUUCUGAAUUAGUUGAAAAAAAAUAUUACAACAGAGUAAACUCACUUGAAAUUGAUUUCAACAAACUUCGAAACAGCAAAGUGCGCAGAAAAGAAGAUGUGAGCUUAGAAUCAAAAAAUAGACAGCAUAUCUGUGAAUGCCCAUCAAUGAAAUGCAAAUGUAUGUUUUUAAAAAGUAAAAAAAGUAAUAAAAAUAUAAAACCAUCUGAAAUUUCUGAAUUCUGUCAACAUUGUAAUCAUGAAAGUACACCAUCUUCUGAUUUUGCUGAAGUCAUUACUUGUAAUCUUGAAACUGUGGCAUCUUCUGAAAUUGCUAAGGUCAGUAGUUGUAAUUUUGAAAGUUUAUUACCUAAUGAAAAUAGUUGCAGAGGAACUAUAAUUAGUACUCAAACUGAGACUUUAGAAACUGAAAGGUUAAAAAAAGAGAAUGAAGUUUUAAAAGAAAAAAAUACAGAAGUAAUUCUUGAGGUUACUACACUAAAAGACACUAUACAAUCCUAUUGCCUUGAUAUUAGGAAUGGAAAGCAAAAAUUAGAUUCUUUACAAGAGACAUGUGAUGCACUGUUGUUAGAAAAAUCUGCUGUUGCAGAUAGUCUUCGUAAAAUAUUUCAAAGUAAUGGAGAAUACAUUUCAAAUGAUUCUUUGAUACAUCAAAUCAAUGUAUUAAAUGAACUGUUAAAUCAAUUAAAUGUCAAAAAUCAAACUUUAUCUUCUUCUUGUAAAUCACUUUCACUGCAAGUUGUUGAUUUGAAAGAAAAAUGUGAUAAGCUAUCCGAAAAAUCAUUUCUAAAGGAUCUAUCAAGCGAAAUUGACAUAAGAAAUCAAGCUGCUUGUUUGAUUAAGGAAAAAGAUGAAGCUUUAUGUGAGUCUAACAUGUUUUCUCAGAAAUGUGUUUUAUUAGAAAAUCAAAUAAAGCAACUAAAGGAUGAAAAUUGUGAUCUAUCAAGUGAAUGCAAAAUGUUGUUAAGCAAAAUUGAGACUUUAAACAGUGAUUUAAUAAAUUUAAAAGAGAAUAACAAUUUACUGCAAUUAAAAUUGUCUUCUAAGGAAAGUGAACAUGAAGAAAAAUAUUUUUCUUUGCAUACUCAACAUGAAAAACUCACAGAACAUUAUAAUUGUUUAUUAGAACAACACAAUUCAAUAACAUUAAAACUUGAUCAAGUUGUUAAAGAAAAUUGGGCUUUAAAUAAAACAUACAAUGAAAACUUUAACAGCAUUCAAAUAAAAAACGACGAAUUAAUGGAACAUUGUGUCAGCAGUGAGUUACAAAUUAAAAACUUAACUUUUGAAAUAGCUGAACUGCAUGCCAGUAAUAAAAGCAGAGAAAUUGAUUACCAAUCUCAAAUUUCAAACCAUUUAUCGCAAAUUGAUAAUGAAAGAAAAUCUUUUAAAACAACAUAUGACACAUUACGUGCUGAAUGUGAUAAAUUGAAGCGAGAGAAAGAGCAUUAUUUAAAAAUUGUAGAUACUUUGCGUGAAGAAAAUUGUGAGAUAAAUCUUGAAUUGAAAAAACUUCGUGUAAGCCCAACAGAAGACUUUUUUUAUCAGUGUGUUCAAGAAGAUAAAAAAAAUAUGGAAGAAUUGCAGACUACGAUCAGACAAUUAACAGGGGAAAAAGCUGGAUUAAUGGAUAAAAUUAAAAGUAACGAAGAAAUUUCAUCAACAAAUAUACGAAGUUUAAAAGCCCAUAAAAGUGAAUUACAGCAUCGUGUUGCUUCUUUAGAACAUGAAAAUGAAAACUUGAGAAGAAAUCAGUUUUGUGAAGAUCAUGUUAAACGAAUUAUUGAACUUGAAGAUGAAAAAGCUGAAUAUUUACAGAAGCUUAAAGAAUCUGAGGUUCUUCUUCUUGAUUUGCAAAAGGCGUUAGCACAAGCUAAUGAUGUUGCUAUGCAAAAAUCUUUAGAAGGAACAAAAAUUCGAAGAUGUUUUGAAAAAAAGAUAGAUAAACUUAUGCAUGUAAAUGCCGAGCUAAAGAGGAGAUCAUUUUUUUCGGAAAGUGAAAAUAAUUCGUUAUCAUCAACAUUUUUAGAAUCAAAUAAGAAUGACAAUCUUGCAACUCGGAAAGAAACUAUAGACUUUUCUGUUGCAACCCGUAAAGAAACUAAAGACUUUUCUGUCAGAAGAAAAUCUUCUCUGCCACCUCUUCCAUUAAAAAAAAAAAAUUAUUUAACAAAUGUACAUUCGCAAUCAUUAUCUGCAUCGCCUUCACAUGAAGAGUCGUCUUUAAGCUUAUCAAAUCUUGAACAAGAUCUAGCAGAACAAUUAAAGCAGCUUCUAGAUAUAACUAACGAACUUGAAUGUGAAAAUUUAUCAAUACAAAAUCCUUUGAUUUCCGCAACUGACGUAAGAAACCCUGGGUCCCUAACCGGAACAAGCAAUAACAUUACUUCUAAAGACGACAAACAGCAAAUGAAAUACGAGUGCUGGAUUUAGUUUUUAUAGAAUUUUAUUUUUUAUUUGGGUUUUUAUUUGGUGUCAUAUUUAUUUAUUUUUUUUAAUUUUUUUUUUUAUAUUUUUGAAUAUAUUUUUGUAAAUGAAGAGUUUUUAUAAAUUAAAGAUUAUUUGUAUUAAUUUAUUUUUAUUUUUUGAACAAAUUUUAUAGUUUUUUAAAAGUGCUUUUUUUAGUUGUAACUCGGUGGCAAACGAUUACAUGCAAGUAAA